AUACACAGGUGCUUAAUGCAUUGAAGGGUAUCAAUCAACAUAAAGCAGCAGGAAUUGAUAAAAUAAGUGCUCGUUUGUUAAUAACUGCUGCUCCUGUAAUCGCGCCAAAUAUCACAAGAUUAAUCAAUUAUUCAAUUUUUACUAGGAUUUUCCCUCAACGAUGGAAGACAGCGAAAGUCAUGCCAUUAUUCAAGAGUGGCAAUUCAAGUAAUAUCUCAAACUAUCGCCCGAAAUCCAUUCUGCCUAUUUUAUCUAAUAUUAUCGAAAGACACAUUCACGACAGUUUAUAUGCCUUUCUCAGUGUAUUCAACCUGAUCUUUCCAAGGCAGUCUGGUUUUCGCAAACGCCACAGCACUGAGACAGCUCUCGUAAGGAUUAUUGAUGAAUUGCUUCUUAACCUAGAUAACAACAGGAUAAAUGGUAUGGUAUUGGUUGACUAUUGCAAGGCGUUUGACAUGGUGGACCAUAUGAACUCUUAUUACAAAAAUGUAUGGCGUAGUUGGCUUAGAAUAUGGAUGGUAUGAGUCUUAUUUAUCGAGUAGAACCCAACUGGUCAGUUUGAAUUAAUGGUGAAGAAUCAUCUACAGCCUACAUGCAUCACGGCGUUCCUCAGGGUUCUAUCCUUGGACCAUUAUUCUUCAUGCUGUUUAUAAAUGACCUUCCGCUACACGUCACCUCCGAUAUUGAUCUUUAUGCUGACGAUACGACGGUUACCGCGUCAGCUGAUUUCAAGGAAAUUGCACAGCUGAACACAGAUCUAAGUAAAUCUGUUAAUGAAAUACAUCAUUGGCCCAACACAAAUAAACUUCCCUUGAAUGAAGAAAAGACAAAAGUGAUGAUAAUAACUGGGAAUAGAUUGGCAUUUAAAGUUAAGGUUGCGGAUGAACUCAGUGUCAUGAUAGACGGAGAUAAGAUCCUAAAGAACACAAACAGUACUACAUUAUUAUAUAGGAUUAGAUAUUGAUAGCAAAUUAUGUUUUAAUGAACACAUUGAUAAGAUAUGUAAGAAACUUUCCAAACGUAUAGGAAUUCUUAGGAAACUAAGAAGUUACCUACCACUGAAGCAAAGAGUGUUCUAUUAUAAUGCAAUUAUCCACCUAGCCUGCGUAGCAGGCGGUAGAAGCUAGAAAUACCGCCUGCCCGAAAACUACACAUUCUGAGUUCCGCCCACCGCAUGGUCCCGCCCAUCUUACAGUAAUGUAUUUAUUUUAAUUAUUUGCCAAACUCACGUAUUUACACCAGUGCAAAUAUACGGCUUUGACGUUUCAUAUCUUCGGUUCAUUCAAUGCUAUGAAGACAAAAAUACCACGUUCGAUUCAGUGUAACAAUAUGUCCUCAUUCAUAGCGAUAGUUUUAGUCGAUGUCAACAUUAUAGCGAUUUAUGAGCUUUGAAAAUCAAGCGAGUUCGUGUAUUAUCAAAUUACGCAAUUGUCUGAACAAAAAUAUAGACUAGCCAUACCUUUCGCCGAACACAACUUCGGCCCCUUCAGACGUAACUUUGUAAUAGGCUUGUUCCAAUUGCUAUCAAAAACACGACUUAGAGUGUCAUUUACGAACCUGUAUCUUCAAAUCUGCACUUUUAUCACGGUAUCACAUCUUCAAGCAACAAAUGUUGGAUUGAUAUUCGUUGUUCAUUCUUCAAGACGAAGCGAUUUCCGAUUCCAGAUAAAGAUUAAAGAAUUCAACGCUUAAUUCUAAAUUAGGCCAAAUAAAAAAAAAUACUUGGUUAGCGUCACCGCCCGCCUCUCGAUUUUCUGCCGCCUCUGAAUUUUUUUUUAUUUUUUUUUAUUUUUUUUUAUGUAAAUCUCUUCGUUUUACAGCUUAAAACAGUUUAAUAUUUGAAAUUUUUCUCAUGCUCAGACCUUUGCGCUAUAUACUGAUCGAUAGGAGCGCGUAGGCUUGGGUAUACAAGUUCUUAAAGCAAAAUGGCGGCCGUCGCAACAUCAGUACAAAAAAUAUCACCGAUAUGGUGGAAAAACCGCCCCCAUCCCCUCCAAAAAUACUAUUAAAAAAUUAAAAAACGAGUAAAAAUUUAAAAAAAAAUCCGCCCGCCCGCCUCUGAAAAUUUGUGAGAGUGUGACGCUAACCAGGUAUUUUUUUUUAUUUGGCCUUAAUACAUUCGUUAUCUUUUGGUUAGUGUAUGCCAUCACUCGAUAUAUCGGUGGAAUUACGAAAAUAACAAUAGUUUAUAUUAUAAAUACGGCAACAGUAACUUCUAAAAUUAGCACUAAUUAUUCUAAUUCUGUACUCCUGUCAAUCAAAAAUUCAAAAUCAACAUUCUGACCAAUCAGAUACCGCCUGCUACGCAGGCUACCAAUCAGAAUGCUCCGGCACCCAGCUGCCGGGGAGAACUCAGAAUGUGUAGUUUUUGGGCAGGCGGUAUUUCAAGCUUCCCAUUCUCUCGUGCUCGCGAAUACCGCCUGCUACGCAGGCUAUUAUCCACCCGAUAUUCAACUAUGCCAACGUAGUAUGGACAGCCUGUAAUAAAGACUCAUUAGAGAGUUUGAGUAAGAGAACGAAGUCGGACGACGACGACGUGUUGACAAUUUUUGCCUGUUUUGAACAUUAUCUUGCGCAUUCUAAGUUUAGGGUCAGGAGUUAAGAUAGGUUGGGGAUUCAUGUCUGUUUGUGAAUGCUGAACCAAAUCCUUACUCUGAUCAGGAUAAAACAGCGAGACAAGAAUCCAUAUCCCGUCUUCGUUUCUCUGCCUUCGUUCGCAACGAAUAUUUUGGCAAAAUUCGUUGUGAACUUCGUUCUGCACGAAGGCACAAGGACAAAGACGGGAUAUAGUUUCAUGUCUCGCUGUUUUUUUCUGGAUCAGGGCAAGAAUUAUCAGGUCAGUAUUCAUAAACAGCGACACAUGGGAAGACACGUUGAGCAACCACCAGUGACGUCCAACACAGUAUGCACAAGAUAAUGUGCAGACGGCAAAAAUUGUCAAGUAUGUCUUCGUACUUCGUUGUCUUGCUCAAACUCUCUAUUAAAAUUAAACAGAGUACUGAAGCUAUAAAAACGUGCGGCGAGAGUAAUUCUAUCGGCUGAACCCCGCGCAUCUUCAGUUGCACUCUUCAAUUCACUAGGUUGGAUACCUUUCUAUAAGGAGAGUAGGAUUAUAAUAAAUGUGCAAUCAUGCAUAAACGCAUACACGGUGGACUGCCUAGUUAUUUAGAAGAUAAUAUUGUUGUUAACAGUCAAAGGCACUCUCGGAAUACAAGAUAUUCGAACAGCAACAUUAUUUGUCCAAAGUAUAAACGAGAAACUGACGGAGGAAGAUCAUUCGUUGUAACUGGUGCUAAAUUAUGGAACGCUCUACCUUUGGAGCUGAGGGAAAAUGUUUCUUUGAAAGUUUUUAAAAGCAAAAUGUGGAAUAGCAUUUUUGAGCAUCAAAAAUUUUUAAAUCAUUUUAUUGUGUAAUUUAUAUAUAAGCAUCAUCAUUGUAAAUAUAGAAUUAAUAGGUAUUGGUUUUUACUAUUUUAUGAACUUCAUUCUAUUGAUAUUUUAAUUUUAGUUAGUCUGGGGGCCACUAGCCUGUUCACAGACGUUGUAGAGGGCCACAAGUUUAUUAGCUGUUUAGCUAUUUCGUGUCUACCCUCGUUAAAUAAAGAUUCUAUCUAUCUAUCUAUAUCUAUCUAUCUUUCAACAUUUCUAUAAAAUGUAGGACAAGCUCCUUAAAAGAAUAUGAUUUCGUGAGCAUUUCUUCGUUUUAAAGGGGGGGGGGGUAAAUACUCGCCGAGAUAAUUUACAUUAUUUACAGUUGAAUCGUAAAAUAAGCAAUUAGGGGCAUGUCGAGAACUAGAUUGGUAUCAAAAUGUUUAAGACUUUGAAAUGCAGUAAAAAUAGAUAUGUAUGCACAUGCCAUUCAACCUGUGCAUGGUUUUACAAAACAACGCAUGUCAUCAGUUGUGGUACUCGUGAGAGGCCUGUGAUUGGUUUAAAGAUAUUAUGUAACUAAAGUGGCGACCACAAAAUGUAACCAGUGAAAAGAGCGGUUGAACAAACUUUACUCUAUAAUGCAUUAUAGAUGAUACAGUGGACACUUUCACUUUUUAUAGCGACGACAGUGAUAGAAAUAGUCGUUUUCAUUCUUACUGAAGGCCGCAAGAAG